AUGUCGAACCAAGCUUCCUUCUCAUUAGUCGCAGCGUUUUCCACUAGCCCCUUCGGCGGGAACCCCGCAGCCGUCAUCUUUUUAGAUCCGAAAAACACUCCAGAGGACACUUUGGCUGGCAUCGCAAGGAAUGUCAACCAGCCCAUGACGGCGUUCAUUGGGCCAUCCCAGUUAUCGGCAGAAAACGAUACGACUGCGGUUUAUGACAUUCGAUACUUCGCAGCAAACGGCGUCGAAGUAUCCCUCUGUGGACACGCAACACUGGCCAGCGCAAAGGUCCUUUUUUCUCAAACGGGGAGGGCGUCGAUAAGCGUGCUUCAGUUUCAUACGCCAUCGGAGGGAGUUGUGGCGGCUAAGAAGGUCGACGGUGGGCUGGUCGAGAUUGAGUUUCCUACAGGCACCACAACAAAGUUAUCUGAGGAACAGAAAUCCAGAAUAAUUCCGUUGAUCAACAAGGCUUUUGGACGGGAGGUUGUCAUCAACUACCUGGGUGCCAGCGGACCUCCCUAUGAGCAUGCGCUCCUCAUUGAGCUGGAUGAAAAAGAGAACCUUGCAGAAUGUAAAGUGGAUGCAGAAGCAUUUCGCGACACUGGCUACAUCAUAAAUACCGUUACCACAGCGUCCUCGAGCGGAAAUGAAUCCUUUGUCUCUCGGAUGUUUUCUCCAACAAUGAUUCCUGGUGGCGAGGACCCCGUUUGUGGCUCUGCGCACUGUGUAUUGACCCCUUAUUGGUACCAAAAGCAACGGAUCGCAUCCGGGAAGAGCAUUAAGGCAAAGCAGGUCAGCGUUAGGGGUGGCGACUUGCUGUUGACUUGGGAUGAGGCAGCGAAAUCCAUCAAGCUGGUAGGAGAGGCUAUAGUUAUUGGGGUGGGACAUUUGUAUUUUUAG